AUGGAUUACAAAGACUACACGUUCACAGCAUGGUGCAACAGCCACCUGCGCAAAGCCGGAACUGGCAUCGAGAACAUAGACGAGGACUUCCGCAAUGGGCUGAAACUCAUGCUUCUCCUGGAGGUGAUAUCCGGCGAAACCCUGCCGAAGCCAGACCGAGGCAAAAUGCGUUUCCACAAGAUUGCCAAUGUCAAUAAGGCACUUGAUUUCAUUGCAUCUAAAGGUGUAAAGCUGGUCUCCAUCGGUGCUGAAGAAAUCGUCGAUGGUAACCUAAAAAUGACACUUGGUAUGAUCUGGACUAUCAUCCUUAGGUUUGCCAUUCAAGACAUCUCCGUUGAAGAAAUGACCGCUAAGGAAGGUCUCCUUCUCUGGUGUCAGCGCAAGACCGCCCCCUACAAGAAUGUCAACGUGCAAAACUUCCACCUGUCAUUCAAGGACGGUCUCGCCUUCUGCGCCCUCAUCCACAGACACAGGCCUGACCUGAUCGACUACAGUAAGCUCUCGAAGGACAACCCUCUCGAGAACCUCAACACAGCUUUCGAUGUUGCCGAGAAGUAUCUUGAUAUUCCACGCAUGUUGGAUCCAGAUGACUUAAUAAACACCCCCAAGCCGGACGAACGCGCUAUAAUGACCUAUGUGUCAUGUUACUACCACGCCUUCCAAGGCGCGCAACAGAACACGGCGAUGCCUGACGAACGAGCCGUCAUGACAUACGUGUCUUCCUACUACCAUUGCUUCUCUGGUGCUCAGAAGGCUGAAACCGCCGCGAACCGCAUCUGCAAAGUGCUCAAGGUGAACCAGGAGAACGAGCGCCUCAUGGAGGAGUAUGAGCGUCUUGCCAGUGAUUUACUGGAAUGGAUCCGACGCACGAUGCCCUGGCUGAACAGCAGACAGACCGACAACUCGCUCGCCGGCUGUCAGAAGAAGUUGGAGGACUACCGUACCUACAGACGCAAGCACAAGCCUCCCCGUGUGGAGCAAAAGGCGAAGCUGGAGACCAACUUCAACACGCUUCAAACUAAACUGCGCCUGAGCAACAGGCCCGCCUACAUGCCCACCGAGGGCAAGAUGGUUUCUGACAUCGCCCAAUCCUGGAAAGGUCUGGAGAUCGCAGAAAAGGCUUUCGAGGAAUGGCUCCUGAGUGAAAUGAUGCGCCUGGAGCGACUCGAGUACCUCGCGCAGAAGUUCAAGCACAAGGCCGACAUCCACGAAGACUGGACUAGAGGCAAGGAGGAGAUGCUGCAGUCUCAAGACUUCAGACAAUGCAAGUUGUACGACAUCAAGGCUCUGAAGAAGAAGCACGAGGCCUUCGAGUCGGACCUCGCCGCGCAUCAGGACAGGGUGGAGCAGAUCGCCGCCAUUGCACAGGAACUCAACACCUUGGAAUACCACGAGGUAGCCAACGUAAACGCUCGCUGCCAGCGCAUCUGCUCCCAGUGGGACCGCCUCGGAGCCCUCACGCAGCGAAGACGCGCAGCCCUCGACGAUGCAGAGAGGGUGCUCGAGCAGAUCGACUUGCUGCACCUCGAGUUCGCCAAGAGAGCCGCGCCAUUUAACAACUGGCUGGACGGCACCCGCGAGGACUUGGUGGACAUGUUCAUCGUGCACACCAUCGAAGAGAUCUCCGGCCUAAUGGACGCCCACGCUCGUUUCAAGGCCACCCUCGGAGAGGCCGACAAGGAGUACCAGGCCAUCGUCAAUCUCGUGCACCAAGUGGAGUCCAUCGUCAAGCAGCACCAGAUCCCCGGAGGACUGGAGAACCCUUACACCACGCUCACUGCGCAUGAAUUGAACCGCAAAUGGUCCGACGUGAGACAGCUAGUGCCGCAGCGCGACGCCACCUUGGCGGCGGAACUCCGCAAGCAGCAGAACAACGAGAACCUCAGAAGACAGUUCGCGGAGAAGGCCAACGCGGUCGGACCCUGGAUCGAGAGGCAGAUGGACGCCGUCACCGCUAUCGGCAUGGGAUUGCAGGGUUCCCUGGAAGACCAGCUCCACCGCCUCAAGGAGUACGAGUCGGGCGUAUACGCCUACAAGCCUCACAUCGAGGAGCUCGAGCGCAUCCACCAAGCCGUGCAAGAAGGCAUGAUCUUCGAGAACCGGUACUCGCAAUACACGAUGGAGACCCUCCGCGUGGGCUGGGAGCAACUGCUGACCUCCAUCAACCGAACCAUCAACGAAGUCGAGAACCAGAUCCUCACCCGCGACUCCAAGGGCAUCACCCAGGAGCAACUCACCGAGUUCAGGGCUUCCUUCAACCACUUCGACAAGAACCGCACAGGACGCUUAGCACCCGAGGAACUCAAAUCGUGCCUCGUGUCUCUGGGAUACAGCAUCGGAAAGGACCGACAGGGCGAACUCGACUUCCAACGCAUACUCGCCGUCGUCGACCCCAACAACACAGGUUACGUAUCCUUCGACGCUUUCUUAGACUUCAUGACCAGGGAAUCCACCGACACCGACACCGCAGAACAAGUUAUCGACAGCUUUAGGAUUUUAGCCGGCGACAAGCCAUUCAUAACAGCGGAAGAGCUCCGUCGUGAGCUGCCUCCCGACCAGGCAGAGUACUGCGUGUCCCGGAUGCCUCCCUACCGCGGGCCCGGAGCCCCACCGGGAGCCCUGGACUACAUGGCCUUCUCCACGGCACUCUACGGGGAAACUGACCUCUAA